AUGGCUGGCAAAACGGCGGCGCAAGAAGAAUUUGACAAUAUCAUUGCAAAAGCUUCUGCAAACGAAAAUCACGAACAUCCGGACGACGAAAAGGAUUAUAGCUUUGAUAGGAACAGUGACGUGGACGAAGAAGAGGAACAUCACAAUCGCAACAUAGAAGAUACAAUGAAGAUGCCUUUUUUUGACAGAUCGAAUUCGGGAGGAUUGGGGGGGCUCAGUGAACCAUUGAGGUUGCCGCAUAGAGAUUUUGAUAGUGGGAGGACGACGGGGGUUAAGGGGGUGAUUGCUGAUGCGAGGAGUUAUGAAGAGGCGAGGAAGACGGGGGGUUGGAGAAAUAAGCUGAGGGGAAAUACAAUCACAAAGGAGGACAAGAGGGCAACCUUCACCAAGGAUGGUUCGGGGAGUGAGGCGGGGCUGAGUGACGAUGAAGAGUUCUUGGAGAGGUGGAGACAACAAAGACGAGUAGAGAUGCAGAGUGAAGGGAAAGAUAUUAGAAAUAGGAGGACGAGUCCUAGUGUGCGUCGUUAUGGAAGAUUUGAUGAGGUAGAUGCGCUUGGGUAUCUCGACGCCAUUGAAAAGGUCGGAAGAGAAACCGUCGUUGUCGUUUUCGUUAUGAUCCUGAGGUUUUGUGACGUCUCUCAAGUCAUCAACUCAGCACUUCUCCCCCUUGUUGCCGCAAACCCAACAGUCCACUUCGUACGCGUCCAUUACGAAGACAUAGAAUUCGAUAAUGCAGGUGUACCGGCUAUACUGGCUUACAAAAAUCAAGGAGAUCUUUUUGCGAAUUUGACAUAUAUCAUUGAUCAGAUUCCGGAUGAUACGAUUUUCGAUACGAAAGCUUUAAAGGAUGUUUUGAUUAGACAUCAAGUUCUUUAAAUGAUUGGUUUCUGUUUCCAUUCUGAGAAAGAUGAUUUGAGGAUACUUCCUUUCUUGUACCUAUUUAUGGUGCCGAGAGGGAUUAUCUUUUGUUGUAUUAGCAUCACUAGCAUACAUGACAUCGAUUGUCACAUCGCAUCAUUGCAUUGCAAAAAGACAUUCUUACAUUCUAUACACUAUAUAUAGACGGACGUCGCGGGAUUGAUUCAAGAGGGUCAAAUGACCUCGCUCUGAGAGCAGAGAAGAGAUGAAUACCUACACUGUAUGAAUAGGACGAGAACUCGGGUUAGGGAAUCGGAUGGAUGGCGUUUGGAUGAAAUGAAGGAGUUACCUUACUCCUUCCUUUGUGUAUUUGCUUUUAUCUUUUGGAAUAUUGGGUUGAGCAUGGGGUUUAGAGGUCUGGUUGAUGGCUUUGGCGUAGUCACAAUUCAUGGAGCUUGCUAAGCUUGAGCUUGUCAGCUUGAACUCUUUUCUAAUUUUUUUUCUCUUCAAAUAUACCUAGAAAUGGUAUGAUUGAUACUUCAUGUUAUAUUUGUAGUUGUAUUUACAUUUAUGGUGGAAUAUAUAUCUUUAUAAAUUCUAUCUAUUUUAUUUACCUUUAUCUUUACCUCUAUCUCUGUCCCAUAUAUAUUUCAGCUUACACUGUCUGUACACAUAUUAUAUGUAUUACUAGGACUCUAC